GCGACACCGUCGAGAUGCAAGCAUGUCGCGCCCAAGCUGCACGAUGUCUUUGCCACGGAGGGUGUGGCGGGUCUGUAUUCCACGGGCGGGUUCGAGGUUGCGUACACCAAAUACCAAUCUUGGUGUUUGGAUGAACUGAACAGAUUGACGGAAGGGACCAAGUACGAAGGCAUCGAGGUCAAAGACGUAGCCAUCAUGACGUCCCGCGAGCCCGAGCUCGCCGCCAUCUUCAACUACGCCUCCAUGGCGCACAACAACCACUUCUUCUUCGACGGCCUCGCCCCGCAGGGCGGCAAGGACCCCGCCGAGUACAUGCCCAGCGCCCUCAAGACGGAGCUCGAGGCCUCCUUCGGCAGCCUCGAGACCCUCCAGCGCGAGCUCGUCCUGACCGCCAACGCCAUGUUCGGCCCGGGCUUCGUCUGGCUCGUCCGCGCCACCGACGGCCACAGCGCCCAGCGGUUCCCCUUCCGCGUCCUGUCCACCUACCUCGCCGGCUCCCCGUACCCGGCCGCCCACUGGCGCAAGCAGGGCACCGACAUGAACGCCCACGGCGGCAUCACCGACAGCGCCGGCGAGACCAUCAGGCACUACUUUGACAUGCAGAACAUAGGCCAGGGCCGCGCUCCCUUGCACGGAAGCGCUGCUGCUGCUGCUGCUGGUGGUGGUGGUGGUGGCAGUAUCCUCAACAAGGAGAGCGCCAAGAACCCCGGCGGCGCCAGCCUCGUCCCCGUGCUGUGCGUCAGCACCUGGGAGCACGCCUGGCUGUACGACUGGGACGUCGGCGGUAAGCUGGCCUACCUGACCGCGUGGUGGGAUAUCAUCAACUGGGGCAAGGUCGCUGAGAGGGCGAGCCUG